AUGGCACAACCCUCUUCGACCGAGCGACCCAUGCAGACUUCCAAAGAAGAGCACCUACCCCACCACGAUGCAGAUCGACAUAGAAACCCUGCAACCUCUCGGUCACCACCAGCCGCUCUAGAGGUCGACGACAAUCCGCGAAGUCCUAAGCGGCGACGGCUUUCCACAGAUGAGGAUCAGCAGAUAAUCAAAGCUGAAGUUGAAGAGGAAGGUCCUGGUGGGCCGUCUGUGGUUACAAAAUCUACAACAACUCGAGGAGAUCAAGAUGGGGAAUCCGAAACAAACCUUUGUCAAUCGCGGCAUUCUUCCUCGGAUAGGGUUCAGCAGACCGUCAAGUCUGUCAUCAAGACCGAAGGCUCUGAGAUUCAGGCUGAGGCUGUAAAAUCCGCGACAACAGCUGCAGGUCAAGAUGGCAAUGGUGCGACACAUCCUCCCCAGCAACCGUCUCCUGCGGCAAACGCCCGCCUGGAUAACUUGGCCAUCCUCGACAAGCAAUCGUCACAGCUCCUGACCUUCUUAUCUCGAUUGACGCCGGCCGAAGCAAUGGGUCUCUCGAGCGCGCCGAACGCCCCAAGCACCAAAGAGUAUGCCGCAUUGCGUUCCUCGUUUGAUCGCACCAGGAGACUCCUCAGCCCUGGAUGGCCCUUUCUGUCGCCACAUGAUUUGGGAUUGCGCGAGAGCAAUCAAAUUGAGAUCAUCCGCAAGGCUAAUCAGGCAAUCUUCAUGUCGAGCAUCUUCACUGGGGAGAUAGGUCUUCGAGACAUGGACAGGAGCUUUCUCGCCGUGUUCGUACCCGAAAAUGGCAAAUUACUAAAAGCACAGGCUUCCAUGUAUCUCGAAUUGAAAACGCAGGGCUUCAUUACAGCCUGGAGGACAGGUGCUGCUCCACCCAACAUUGUUAUGGCCGACCUCUUCGGACCUGACCUGGACAGAGCUCUCUUAGCAAGAAGGCCCGGCACUACAGGUCUGGCCCCUACGGAGCAGGAGUUCCUCAUCAGGCUUGCAUCCCGUCGCGAGAUUCUGCAAAGCCACGUUAAGAACAGUACCCUUGAUCAGCUUCCCUUAAAGUAUAGGUGGGAAGAUUUUAGCCGAGAAGUGUCCUCCUACCUAAUCAAGCAUAUCGAGAACUCCUCCAAUCCCAGCGAUGCUCCAUCUAAUGAGGGCGCUGACCUCACAAGGAGUCUCCAUCGAGGGCAGAUGGAAGGGCAGUUCUCUAUCCAUGGCCCCCCCCUCCCAGUCUCGUUGGCCGACUCUAUUCUUUCGCCCAGAUCUCAGGUCAAGCAUACUACCGAGCUAGCAGAUGACGACGACUUUGUUGCUCAAGCGGCAAGGGCUGCAGAGAUUGCGCUUCGAAGCACCUUAGGCUUAUCGUACUCGGAAAAGAUCCCCGACGGUCCUCCAUCAACACCUCCAACAGUACAGCCCGACACGUCCGCAGCCCGUCCACCUGCGCCACCUCCCGAAUCAUGCGACCCUAACUUGGAUACUGCCUCGUCUAAACCAAUCGAGCAAAAGACGUCUUUUGAGGAGAUUCCUCAUGCAUCUCAGACUGCUCCUACUUCAGUUCUCUAUGAAAGAGCCCGGCUGGCCGCCACAAAAGCUUCACUUGCUUUGGAGAAGAAGUCGAUUGCCCCUAGUCCGAGACGCCAGUGGACUACGGAGGAAGAGAAUGCUCUUAUGACGGGGCUGGACCAAGUCAAAGGGCCUCACUGGAGUCAAAUUCUUGCCAUGUAUGGGCCUGGCGGCACCAUUAGCGAGGCACUCAAAGACCGAAACCAAGUCCAGCUCAAGGACAAGGCACGAAACUUGAAGCUGUUCUUCCUGAAGAGCGGCAUCGAGGUGCCCUAUUAUCUCAAAUAUGUGACUGGCGAUCUGAAAACGCGUGCCCCAGCCCAAGCUCUCCGACAAGAAGCCAGGGAGCGCAACAAGCUUUUAUCUGAAGGGGAUGACGCUGCUCUCGAUGACUUGCCAGGCGAAGUUGAGAGCGAGGAACAGCUCGCGGAAGAAAUGUUUGACUCUAUGUUCAGUCAGGAGUCACCUCUUACCAACGGAACCGGGCAAGGUACUCCCGCAGACGAAUCCAAGAAGCCUUUUGAACCGAGUAUGGCGGACGUUGAGGCAGUCAUAGCCAAAGCAAGCGCACACACGUCGCAGUCCACCGGGUCUAGCUAG